AUGACUCGAGCAGAAUUCUUAGAGGAUGCGAGGAAUGCUUCUCAUCCUCAGUUGACUGAUUUCAAGCUUCAGGCAGACGAUACCUUCACUUUCACUUUCACUGACCCACACGGUCGUCGAAACCAGAUCGUGGUAAUGGUUCUAGCCAAACCUACCUACGCAGAUGCAUCCUUGUACCCCACCAGACAUCACUACUUGAUAUGGGGCGAUGACAAUGUUUCCGACGAUGUAAGCCAGUCUAUACAGUCUAUACAAAGCAGCUACGACGGUCAACAACUCAGCGUCUUUCUACCCAAGUUUGCCGAUUGUCUCACCGGCUCUGCUGGCCAUGAUAACAUGGAGAUUGGGCCUCAUGACAUGGACCUCAACUAUGAUGUCGGUAGUGAGAUGGAGACCGGGUCUGAGGACGAGGAUCUCGACUAUGACAUUAGCAGUGAAAUGGACUGUGAUGCUAAUUACACUUCGGACUGGACCACAAUUCAUGAGCGGCUGGGGAAGGACCUUCGGGCCGCAAAGAGUCCUGGGAUCAAGCCUGGAUUCCUGGGUGAGCUGGAAGGCCGUAUCAUCAUCACUAUCUCGUGUCGUGUCGCGAAGCUCAACAUCUUGAAAGAUGCCCUUCAACUCUGGGAUGUAUCACCCUCCGACUACCUGGUUCUCCUGAUCGAAUACCCUCAGAGGUACUGUGGCCUAGACCAGAUCUCUCCAUUUGGAUCGCGGAAAAAGCCGAACUUGUAUGUUGGUCUAUGUGACUCUUAUAAGCCUACGAUGGAGUCCGCUUUGCAAGUCCUUCAUCCCCCGGCAGCAAUUUCGAGCGAUUCCACUUAUCUCAAUGUGGAGCUUGCAGCUGUCCCCGACAAAAGAAGAAUGAGGUCAUCAUUCGUGACAGAAAUGCUUACGGAUCUCUUCAACGAACGCCUUCUGGAGAUUAUACAUUACCGGGUGGAACAGGGUUACUCAUGGACAGGCGCGGAACUGUACUAUGAAACUCACCAAGGCCAAAAACCCAACGCUGCAGAUGGUAAACUCACCGAGUACUCCGUCAAGGAGACCUGGGGACCUUGGAUCCCGGCCUUUGUCCAACAAGACGACCUUCUCUUAGCCAACAUCAACAAAGCAGUGUUAUCAUUCCCUCGCAUUGCCAUGCAAUAUACUCUCCGGCGUUUUACACGCGCUAGUGAAUUCUGUCUUAUAUGUUACUGCAAGACAGAAGAGAAGUUUCGGGCACUGAGCCCCUAUGUCUGCUCGAAAGAGCUUUGUCUGUUCCAAUAUUUGGAAUAUGGCAAAGGGCCGAAACUGGAAUGGCAGAUCGUCAAUCAGCCCGAAGUCAUAGACCUUCUGGUCUCUUUUGCUUAUCGGCGAGCUACGGAGAAGUGCAUGACGGAUUGUCCCAACCUUCCUCUCAAAGUUCCCCAUCCCGAGCUGACAACAAAGCGGGCAUUCCAAGCCAAACUGACUGGUGACAGACUCGUCGGACCUCUCCGAUUAAAGGUUGGAGAUUGGAUACUUGUUUUCACGGGGCACAACAACGUAAACAUCGGGCCUAUUCACUACUGUGUUGUCGCCGACGCGAACGGUGAAUACGUGCUCUCGGAACCUAUAGCCGCGGACAAGGAUUUGGCCCAGACAUUCGGAACUCAGAACGUGCUGCUUUAUGAAACGCCCUUUGAAGAUCUGACGUUGGAUCAGAAACAACUAUCUAUCGUGCACUUGCUCGAUACACUUCCUGAUAUAGACUCGAUGGUCACAUUUAUCAGAGGUAACUCUCAUCACCAUCGAAAACUCGCUUCGUGGGGAGAACGCGUCUCGCCAGCAGCACUUUGCCUGCUGCGCUGGAUAGUAUCGAGCAACACAGCCUGCAUUUUCUUGGAGAAAGACGCCAAGAUCAAUGGCAUGGAGAAUCACAUGCAAUUCCGCCUGGCUCAAGGGAGCCCAGAAAAGGAACAGAGGUUUGUCGAUGCUGUCAGGCAAGAGGGGGGAAAGACAAAGUAUCCUACUCUCUUUGCUUGGCAUGGGUCAGGAGUCGGUGCAUGGCACUCAAUUCUUCGUCAAGGUCUCAAUUUCGAUCGAAUUAAGAAUGGAAGGGCGUAUGGCAAUGGCGUGUAUCUCGCCCAGAACUACAGUCUCGCUGAGGCCUACACUACGAGGGAUCCAUGCGGGUACAGGCAUUGGCCAUCAAGCAAGCUGAAAAUUGUGAGCGCUAUUUCGUUGAACGAGGUGGUUAAUGCUCCUUCGAAGUUUGUCAAGGCGCCACCGCAUCCGUAUGUGAUUACUCAGACCGACUGGAUCAUGGCACGAUAUCUUUUCGUUCGAUGCUCCGACCCCCUGCAUAAAGAGAGCAGUCAGCAAAAGCCACAAGAGAUCUACCUGCAAGACCCCAAGUACACUGCCCGGGGUCCGGAUGAUAGACCAGUCGAUAUUCCUCGAGCCGCCGUAUCAACUCACAGCGCGCAAGCACAAUUGUCCCCAAGCCGAGGUGACGGUAGUCGCCAACUGGACGCGGGUUAUGAGAGCGACGCAACUCUUGAUGAGGAUCGAGCUUUUCUCGAAUCCUACCCUGCAGAUAGUGAAGCAGAUCCUCUGGCAGCAGCCUUGCGGCAAGUUCUGAGGACAACCAACCUCCGGCUCUUACCUCCGCCAUGCUACGCAACCUCGCAAGCGACGAAAAGACUGAACUGGGAAUUGAAACUAACCGCAGAACUACAGAAGCAGGAGUCACUGGCGAACCUUGGCUGGUACAUUGACCACGAAACGGCCGACAAUCCGUAUCAGUGGCUCGUGGCGCUUCACAGCUUCGAAUCUACAUUGCCUCUGGCACACGACCUUGCCGCCACAGAGAGCCAAUGCGUUCUCGUCGAGAUCCGAUUUCCGUCGUCUUUUCCAUUCUCCCCUCCGUUUAUUCGAGUCGUCAGACCUCGGUUUUUGCCACUAGCUGCUGGAGGUGGAGGACACGUGACUACCGGGGGAGCCAUCUGUAUGGACCUAUUGACCAGCUCAGGGUGGAACGCGGCGUAUUCUCUGGAAAGCAUACUGCUAGAGGUGCGUUUGGCUCUUUCGUCGAAGGAUCCUCAUCCUGCGCGUCUGGACAGACAGCGAACCCAUGAUUACUCCUGGGGCGAGGCCGUCGAGGCCUACAAGCGUGCGUGUCGAAUCCACGGCUGGAAGGUGCCGGAAGACUUUGACCAGAUGCAGCAAGCAUGAUGAGGAUGAAGAUGACGGCCAUUUUCUUGGAGGGAGACUGCCAUGUAGUUAUGAAUUUCAAAGUCCUCAAUACACAACUUUCCUAUUCCACUUUGGCUACCUCUUGGUUGGCUCUUGUAGUAUGUGUCGACUCCUUGAAGGCUGUGAAUAUACUCCGGGGGAUGUU